AUGGAGUCUCCGGCUUGGAUGUUUACCAAAGCGUUAUCACACCGUCAAAAAGUGUGUCGUCUCUACAAAAAAGCUCUACGAGAGGUCGACAAUUGGUAUGGAGGUGACUGCUUGGAAGUACGUUAUCAAAAAGUGAUCAUGCGAGCUAGAUUUGAUGCAAACAAGGAUGAGAAGGACACUCGCAAAAGCCAAUAUCUUCUUGCCGAUGGUUGCCGACAGCUAUGGGAAAAACGGCAUUUCAAACCCUUCCGAUAUGCUCUGGAUCCUGGAGGCAGUAGCUACGAUCGCGAUCGUGAAUCUCCCGAUGUUAUUCUCGAUCAUGAACAGUGGACUCUACCUGAGAAGGAACAAUUCCCAUAUUAUUUCAACAGACGUGAACAGCGAAAGAAGGAAUUGCUCAGUCAUUGGACGAAAAUCGAGAAAGCUUGGGACGAUCAGAUCGCUGCUAUCCAGACGACUCUUCCGAAGGAAAAGCCCACGACUAAAGAACUUUAG